AUGCUACAAUUCCGUUCAUUCCAUGCCUCUGCCAGAAAGAUGGAUUUCUCAAAGUUAUCCAUCGUGGGACGUAUCGGUACCCCAUUCACAGAAUACACUUCUGCAAAGGACGUCAAAUAUGUUAAGUAUGCCGUUGCCUCUCAGCCAAGAAAGGACGGCCCAACCAAUUGGUACAACGUCACUGUAUUCAACCAACCACAGAUGAACUUUUUGCAACAGUACGUUAGAAAGGGUGCUUUAGUGUACAUCGAAGCAGAUGCCGCUAACUACACUUACGAGAAAGAAGAUGGUAGCAAGGCUACCGUUUUGAGUUUGAUUCAAAAGGACUUCAACCUGUUGAGGAACGGGAAACCUGAAGAAGAAGCAGAUGCUGGGGAAUCUGCUGAAUCUACAUCCGAGUAG